CGGCAGAUUUCUCAUUAACUUACCCGCUUGAAUAUAUUAAUGCGCAUAUUCUCUCCUCCUCUCUCCCUCGACCCCCCUCUCUUCCCCCUAGUCCAUUGCUCCCUCUCCCUUUCUCUUUUUCUCUCUUUUUCAUUCUCUCACUCCUUCCAUAUCAGAAGCCCGCAGAGUAGAGCAGUGUCCGUGUGGGAUGCGAGAAGCCAAUGAGAUGAGGACCCGAUAAUAGAUGCAAAUUAUCGUGAAAAGACACCGCAAAAUAUGAAACAACUCAUUUGCAGCGGAGUAAAUCACAGAAAACUGUUUGUAAACUGGCACCUCAUACCAGAAUUGUGAUGCAGGAGCACUUCAGUGGAGACGAUUUUAUGGAAUCGGCAUGAUUGUGGCUUCGGCUAUUUAGAUUGGGUGUUUUGAAAUACAACAUCAGUCCAUAUAUUGCGAACCAGCUUGGGUUCUUUCUUUUUUUUCACCCAAUAACUCUUCAAUUGCCUUCCUCUCGAGCGCUUGAGUCUUUAUAAUCACAAACAACAACAAAACCAACAACAACAAAAGAUGAGUUCAUAUUUUGUCAACUCUCUCUUCUCCAAAUACAAGAGUGGAGACUCUUUACGUCCCAAUUAUUACGAGUGCGGGUUCGCGCAGGACCUUGGGAGUAGACCCACAGUAGUGUAUGGACCAGGCUCUGGAGCAACUUUCCAACAUCCCCCUCAAAUCCAGGAAUUUUACCACCACGGAGCGUCCACGCUCUCCAGUGCCCCUUACCAACAGAGUCCCUGCGCCGUAACAUGCCAUGGAGAGCCGGGCAACUUCUACGGGUACGACGCUCUCCAGAGGCAAACCCUUUUUGGACCCCAGGACCCAGAUUUGGUCCAGUACAACGACUGCAAGCUAGCCGCUGGUGGUAUCGGGGAUGAGACGGAGAGCACGGAACAGAGCCCCUCUCCAACGCAGUUAUUCCCAUGGAUGCGACCGCAAUUAGCUGCCGGACGGAGGCGAGGACGACAGACCUACAGCCGUUACCAGACACUGGAGCUGGAGAAAGAGUUCCUAUUCAACCCCUACCUGACCCGCAAGCGGCGAAUUGAGGUAUCGCACGCCCUGGGACUGACCGAGAGACAGGUCAAAAUCUGGUUUCAGAACAGGAGGAUGAAAUGGAAAAAGGAAAACAACAAGGACAAAUUCCCCAGCAGUAAGACAGAGCAGGAAGAGAUCGAGAAGGAGAAACGACAGAAGGAGCAGGGCGCGGGGACACACUCGUCCGAGGAAGACUGCGACAAAGCUAAGCAAAUGUAAGCUAUAGGGAGACUGGGGGGUCGAAAUCAGCACCGCGAAAAAGGCAGCGAGCAAGAUAAGGGAAGUGGGGCCAGCAUGCGGUUUUGUGUCGGAACAUGGCAGUCUUUGGCUAGUCAUUCCAGGUUUGAUUAAUUCGAAGGGAAAGUCUCCUGACGGUGACAAAGGACAGGACCAUUCACAUUGUGGUUGUUUGGAGACAAAACGAAACAUUUGAACGGGAAAUGAAGCAUUUGUACUUUUUAUCUGAUGUUGGAAAUUAUUAUUGUGUUAAAAAUAGAGUCCUUUCAUUGUGGAACAAUUAUCGUGAAAGAAAAACAACAUUUAUAUUGUUAGAAUUUUGUCAUUAACAAUUAUCUCGGCAGCUGUAUAGUUUUUAAGUUAAAUGGUGCACUUUUUACUGUUCUCACUUCUAUGUUAUGACGACGUGGCGAAUAAUGAAUUCCAACAACAUGAAACUGCCUAUUUAUGCUGUAUAGGCUUUCCUAUUUUUACACUUGUUCUUCCUUAGUUCGUUUUGAUUGAUGGUAAUUUUGUUGUCUUCCUUAUUUGGGUAAGCAUGCGCACAGUGCAAAAAUGGAGAAGAAAAAAAUGAAUAAAAAUGCAAUGGAAAUAAAAAAGGAUGUCAUGUGACCCCUCGUUUAAACAGAAUGUGUACUGUAGGCUACUCGUGAAUUAGUUUAUGGGGACUUGAUGAUAUGCUUUAUUGUUCUUCAUCACUUUUGUUCUAUUGUCUAAACCUGGAAGCGGCGGAAGACAGAGGACACAAUAAAGUUUACAAGCGAGAA